CGUAACAUAAAACUAAAUUUCAGGAUGCAGUUGCCAGACCGCCCACUUUGGCUGCUGUCCGGACAACGUCACCAUCGCACGAGGUCCCAAUAACGAGGGUUGUGGAUGUCAUUACACCGAGUAUGGAUGCUGUCCUGAUAGACAUACAGCAGCGACUGGAUAUAACUAUGAAGGCUGUGGCUGCCACACGUAUCAAUUCGGGUGCUGUCCUGACGGUGUGACGAUAUCCAGUGGCCCCGGUCUCGCGGGCUGUCUCUGCCAGCAUUCUCCAUUCAAAUGUUGUGGUGAUGAAGUCACAGCGGCUACUGGACCGGAUGGAGCAGGAUGUAACUGCGCGAACAGUAAAUAUGGCUGUUGUCCUGAUGGAACUACUGCUGCAGCAGGGCCGAAAUUCCUGAACUGUACAAAUAUACCGAUAAAUAGACAAGAGGCUUGUAGUCUGCCGAAGGACAGCGGCGAGUAUAACACUAACGUCAUAGACCGUGCAGUCGUCACAACUAAGAAGUGGUACUACGACAUGACGUACGGUGGAUGCGCACCUUUCUGGUACUUGGGCUUCAAGGGCAAUGCUAACAGGUUCUCAACACAAGAAGAGUGUCAAGAUGUCUGCGUUCAUCCAGCGCCUAGAGACGCGUGUAAAUUGCCGUCAUCAAAAGGCUCGUGCACAGGAUAUAAUGUGAAAUGGUACUACGAUUCUAACCAAGAACGAUGCGCCAAGUUUAUCUACGGCGGCUGCCUCGGCAAUGAUAACAGAUUCGACUCCGAGGAACUAUGUCAAGCCAGUUGUAGGCCUGAGAAGACUGAAGAGCAAUGCAAACAGCCAAUUGAACAAGGAAGCUGCGCUGGCUCCUAUCUCCGUUGGGGCUUCAACCCGGAGACGCGAAAAUGCAGUCAGUUCAUCUGGGGCGGGUGCGAGGGUAACGCAAACAGGUUUAAUUCUGAAGAAUUCUUCUAAUGCGCCUGGAGUACCUCAAGUUCCAGAUGUAUGCACCUUGCCAGCCCAUCCAGGUGACUGCGACCGCUAUGAAACACGACGGUUCUUCGAUACGAAGCUGACAAGGUGUCGUCAAUUCUACUACGGUGGGUGUGGAGGAAACGAGAACAACUUCGCAACAGAGGCCGAGUGUGAGAACAGAUGCUCGGAGGAGGCAGCUGUCACCACCACAGUGCAGCCCACCAAUCGCUAUUGGAACGAUUAUUGCGUGCCCGAAGCGGAUCCAGGACCAUGCACCCAGUUUGAGGAGAUGUGGGCUUUCAGCGUGACGAGCGGCACUUGUAAAAGAUUCCGCUUUGGAGGCUGUGGUGGUAACAACAACAGAUUCCCCGACCUGAAAACGUGUUUGAGCAUCUGCGCGCCAGACCAAGAAGUGUGCCAACAGCCCAUGCAAGCGGGCCCGUGUCAAGGAUCCUUCAUGAAAUGGUUCUUCGACGCAGCUACCGGAUCCUGCUCUCAGUUCACAUACGGAGGAUGCCAAGGAAAUGACAAUCGGUUUGACUCUCGCGAGGACUGUGAGCGGCGUUGCAGAUCUCAAGAACCCGAGCCUGUUAGAACUACCACCAUAUCGCCGGUACCAAAGAUAAUUUACGAAGAAUGUCAGAUCUCGCCUGAGCUCGAGGAGUGUCAGGGUUCAGCAACUACGGUGUGGUACUUGGAUCCCUCACGGCGUGCCUGUGUUCCCCACGACAACGCUGACAACGGCAAACUCUGCAGACUCACAGGAGUCUACUUAUCAGAGGAGGAAUGCGAGCGGUUUUGUGGAGCUUUCGAGGGCAUUGAUGUGUGUCACGCCGCCGUGGACCCCGGCACCUGCGGGGAGUCCAUCACCAAGGUGUUCUACAACGUCACCAGAGAUCGGUGCGAGUGGUUCACCUACAGCGGUUGUCUGGGCGGCGCCAAUCGCUUCUCUUCGAUGCAGGAGUGUGAGAUUGAAUGCAGAGCGCACGCAGAUCCUUGUCGGCAGGAGCCAGAACCUGGCAAUUGUUUGGAGAGCUACGACUCGUGGUACUUUAACGCAAGAACUAAAGAGUGCGAAGAGUUUACCUACACCGGCUGUCAUGGGAAUGAUAAUAGAUUUGCUACAAAAGAUGAAUGCGAGAUUCAGUGUUCUGCCAGUGCGGUUACAACUAGAAGGCCUGUCCCAACAACCAGAGCUCCUGUUGUAGACACAACUCUUUCUACUGCAUAUGUCCCAGAUAGCCGGAGGGAUUCUGAGUGCCAAACACCAUCAUCUCUUGAAGCGUGCGGUGUAAACGUCACAGCAUUCUACUACGACUCCAGCGUUCAGCGGUGUGUGGAGGGAAUCAUUGGCAACUGUCCCAAUAUUAACGCGUAUAACACCGAAGAGGAGUGUGAGAGACAGUGUGGAGCAUUCAGAGGACUGGAUGUUUGCAGCCAUGAGAUGGACCCAGGUGUACCUGCUUGA